UCCGCGAUUAGGACGUGAGUCGGAUUUUUGGGAUUUUCCGGUCGCUCUUUAGAGAAAAUAUUGAGGAAAUCCGUUGUCCUGAUAAAAAAGCCGAUGUUUUAGUGAAAGCGGAUAAGUUCUCCGGAGCUUGUGGAGCAGUUUAGGGAGUGACUCGUAUUUGUUGUGAAGUUUCGCAAGUGAAUCGAAUAGUUCCGCGUGUGAAUGUUUAUAGUUACUCAUGGAGAAUUAGGUGUACAAUUGGAAUUUAGCACGUGCCCCAUUUAGAAAACUACCGUAAAGUGUGCCCCUUUAAGGGCAAUUCAUAUACUUCAUCACAUACGCCUUCACCAUGUUAGAAUUUUAUCCUGUCCCCGCCAGCAUGAAUAGUGGACUAAUGCCAGGUGGGGGGCAGCUUGAUGUGCCCAUUUCAAAGUCAAUGGACUGUAACGGUCGAACAGAGGUUGGUACCAUCAAAUGUGAAAAGAACUAUGAAAUCUGCGAAGGAUGUGGACAGAAAAUCCAGGACCGAUAUUUAAUGAAAGUAGCAGACGCCAGUUGGCACGAACAAUGUCUACAAUGUUGUUAUUGCGGAAUACAAUUGAGUCACACGUGUUACGUUAGGAAUUCAAAAUUAUAUUGUAAAGCGGACUAUGACAGAUUGUUUUGGGUUAAAUGUACGCGAUGCUGCAACCGGAUAUUACCACAUGACAUGGUAAUGCGGCCUCAGCAUUAUAUUUUUCACCUAUCGUGCUUUACUUGCUGCAUAUGCUUCCAACCUCUUCAAAAGGGUGAACAGUUUCUGAUGAGGGGCAAUCAACUUUUUUGCCGACAUGACUUCGAAAAGGAAUUAUAUCUUCCCCAUUGUGACGAAGACCUGAUGUUAGAUGAUUCCGUUCGACCUCGAGAUGGACGUAGAGGUCCUAAAAGACCACGAACUAUCCUCACAUCAGCGCAAAGACGACAAUUCAAAGCCUCCUUUGAACUAUCACCAAAGCCAUGUCGAAAGGUUAGAGAAGCGCUUGCUAAGGACACCGGUUUGUCUGUACGAGUGGUCCAAGUUUGGUUUCAAAAUCAACGAGCGAAAAUGAAGAAAAUUCAACGGAAAGCAAAACAAGAAGGCGACAAGGGAACUGAUAAGGACAAGGAUGAAAAAGGAAUAAAGCAGGAAUCGCCGAGCAGUGAGCAUGGAUAUUUGGGGAUGGAUGGUUCAUUUAGUUCGAGUCAACCAUUAAACCCGAACCUUCCAUAUUCACCUGAUGAUUAUCCAGCUAAUUCGAACGAUAGUUUCUGCAGUUCAGAUAUUUCUCUGGACGGUAGCAACUUCGACCAUUUAGACGAAGGAACAUCGGAUACAAUGUCGCUACAGAACCUAGACCUGCAGUCUUCCCAUGGACCGAAUAGUUCACACGAUGCCCUGAACCUUAACUCAGGAGUGGUAAACCCAAUUGAUAAGCUGUAUCUUAUGCAGAACUCAUACUUCAAUUCCGAGCAAUGAAAUUAGUUCCCCUGUGGAUGGUAUUAUGGAAAUUCCUGACAAUUAUGAAUAUCAUUCUGGUUUAUUAUUUUGGGUAAAAGGCAUUUUAUAGAGAUUUUUAGACUGACGCUGAUCGUAGCCGACUGGUAGAAAGUGAAGUAUUAUACAUGAAAAUACAUUUCCAUACCAACAUCUAAGUUUUCAAUGACGACCAGUCAUUGCCUGUGUAGAUUGUCAAAUUCAUCUUUUUUUAGGGGGAGUGCUUUCUCCGUAACUUAGCGGAAAGCGCUUGAUGAGUAUAGUCCAAUAUUUAAGUCGGUUACUUAUACCUUAUCAACUGUUUUAAAGAUUGUCACGUUUCACGAACGUUUCACAUCAGGAAAAAACCGUUACGAAAAAGUUACUAAGAUAUCGAUAAAACGAAUUUACUAGUGUAUUAAAGCGAUUACAACCAAUUUGUCUAUAACGACUUUUCUGUUCAUAAGUUGAAUACUUUAAAAACCUCAACGUUUUGUUUAAAAAAAAAACGAAUAAGAAACGAAUGAGAUUCAUUUUCCGAUUCUAAAAAUACCACUAGAAUGUAGAGUAUGCGUAGUGAUAAAAAUUACAUUUACUACAAAAUGGAAAGUAUUAAACGAAUCAGUCCAAAAACAAAGUAGUUCAAAACACUUUUACGUUUCAUGCAAAUAUUGGAAACUACGAAUACUUGGAGUACAUGAAAUUUAAAUCUACUGCUGGAGUUAAGCGAAAACAAUUCAAUUGUAAUAAUAGAAAUCAAGUACAUAUGUUUGUAUGUAUUUGCAAUUGUGAUUAUGAAUCUAGUCAUUAAGGAGUAAUGUAGUAGCGGAAACCAAAAGCAACUAAUAAUGAUAGAGGUCAAAUGUAAUAGUGAUAUCUUUUUCAUAAAUUCAACCCCAAUAGGACGUUUGAUGUACGAUCAACCGAAAACUUAAUUUAAAAGCUAAACUAAUUGGAGUCAGU